UAGCGUUGAGGCAUUCUCUGGGGACACUGUAACCCUCUCCACAUUCAUCUCCACUACCAACGGUCUACUGACUUAUGUCCACUGGAAAGACCCAAGUGGAGACACAGUGUUAGAAUACCCUGCACCGGGGGAGGAGGUGAAUGCGCUACCGAGCAAUCUGGUUAUCAGUGAUGCAUCUCUGGAGGAAUCCGGGACUUAUAACGUGACAGUCCAGUCACGGGAGGGACUCAAUUUCAGAGGACACACCCUCAUCUUUCUCAGUGUCCUUGUUCCAUCCAACAUCACCGGUCCACCUCCAUCUGAACUGACAGUAGACGAAUGGGAGGAGACACAACUGGUCUGUGAGGCACGUGGCUCUCCUCCACUCACCAUAACCUGGUCCAGAGAGGGCAGCAUGCUGCCUAUCAACUCUGACUUUCAGACCAACAGCCCAUACACUAAUGAGGAUGGCACGGUGACAGUGACGAGCACACUGACCAUCACUGGAAUCUCGGUACGACGACAGAGGGAGGUACAGCUGUUCGGCCUACAACACCCUGACAACCAUCAGUCACACUGACACCACUGAAUCCACUCUCAACAUUAACCCCAUGAUCCGGAUAGAAAGUGAAGACCUCACCAGCAACGUGGUGUUGGCAUCGUUUGGAACUUCGCUAACAAUCCAGUGUUUCGGCUCCGGGAAUCUUGUCUGGACCACGCCCCUAAUCAGACCGUCUUCACCUCGUACGACCCAUCCCGGAACGUUUUAACCCUUUCCAUCCCGAAUUUCGUCACUCCCGCCCGAUACACAUGUUCGUCUGAUCUUGUCGCGGGUCUGGAGAAGACCAUUCUCAUAACUACCGAUGCUGUUCUGUCGGUCUUUAUCUCAGAUGAAGUAAUAUUCGCUCUCAAAGGAUCCAUGGUAACCAUCCCCGCCCACAUUCACUCUGUGAAUGAUGUCACCUCCGUAAUCUGGUACCGGAAUGGGACACAGCUGGAUCCGGAGUCGGACAGUCGAUACACGGCCACUGUCUCUGAUAAUGCACUGGCAACACUGGAAUUGACAGUUUGCGAGACGAGGAUAUUGGUAUUUACGUUGCCAGUGGUAACCAACAGUGACGACAGCGUCGCCAAUGCCUCAGUUGAACUGAAGUAUCCAGUGCUCCCCUCGGCGAGGGUGUCUCCGUCACGACGGACUGUGGAAGUAGGGGACUCUGUGGAUGUGGUGUGUGCUACUGAUGGAACUGGACCUCUGGACACCCAGUGGAUUGCUGAGAAUGGUGAUGUUGUUGCCGAUGGAAGCCAGCUCACCAUAGCAACAGCGACUCUAGUCCAUUCCGGUGUGUAUACCUGCGCUGUCUCCAGUCCAUUCUCGGCAGCACAGGCAACCUUUGACCUCACAGUCCUCGAGCGACUUGUGGCACUGAUCGAAUAUGAUGAUGUCAUCAGCCCCACCCACAAGGUGUCGUUUUACCAUGGCGACGGGGAUCCCCUUUCCUUCAGAUGUCUGGUCAAUGGUUCAGUCGGUGACACCAGCUUACUUGGCAGGAUAUAUAUAUAUAUAUAUAUAUAUAUAUAGGGAGGGAGAGAUGACAAAUGGGGGGAGGGGCACUUAUUCCCAAUGCUGUCUACAACAUAAAACAAAAACAGCAAUACAGCCGCUUGGCUUUGUGCACGCAUGCACCUUGAAACACUGCAGUAAAAUAUAAAUUUGGCCCUG